GGGGCAGAAUGCUAGUGUUUGAACCCAACCUCAUCCUCUAGAGCCUGUGCUGUUUACCUUAGUGCUCUAGGCCGGUGGGUCUCACACUUGAUUGUGCAUCAGAAUCACCUGGAGGGCUUGUGAAAACACAGAUCUCGGCGCCCCACUCUCAGAGUUCCCGAGUCAGUAGGUGAUAUUGAUGCUGCUGGUCCACGGACCACACUUUGAGACCCGCUGCUCCAGGCUGCUGAUCACUUUCUCUGUUGAAAUUGUCUCUUUACUUGUCUCUCUUUCCAGCUACAGUGGGAGUUCCUAGGGCAGGAGCUGGCUUUUUCCUUGUUUUUAACGUCUGUGUUCCCAGCAUCUAGCAAAGUAGCCCUGACAGGUGGUGGGCCCUCAGUAAAUGUUUAUGUGAAUGCGUGAGUGAGGAAGUGGUUCUGGCCUCUUCCUUAAGUAUAUCUUCUGCCCAAAUGAAAUUUCUGCGUAUUUCAAGAAUUCUCAGGUUUUAUCAGUCACACACCUGAUUGGCAUGCAGGGACGUAUACGCAAAGGUUUUCUAAGGUUCAUUGUUGAUUGCACGAUUUUAAAAUACUUUGAAGCCAAAAGUCACAUCUAUUCUAUUUGGCUCAUUGUUCUUUCCUGAGUGGAACGCUCACUGCCUAGUUCAAUACCAUCAUUGUAUGGAAAGAGGCUCUUUGGCCUUGUAGCAGAUUUGAAAGUUUCUUUCCUAAAAUAGCACCUUCCUUGAUGUAAAAUGCCUCCAUCAUAAAUGUGACGGCUUCCAGGAAUUGUGGUACGCUGACUCUCCAGUAGCAAAGCUGAAAAUGCUGGCAUGACGUGGAGUAGCUGAGGAGGAGAUGGGGUUCCUUACCUCAGCCGGCUCAGCUCCACGUCGCCUAAAACCAGGCAUCAAGUGGGAAAGAAGACAUUUCUGACGGCUUGAGAACUUUGUUUCCACCAGUUAAAUUUUGGCUUAUUUAUCUUUUUAUAUGUUACUUUUCUUUUGAAAUAGAAACUUCUAAUAGCUUGUAUUAUAAUAGGCGAUCUAUGAUGCUGUUCAAGACCUGGAUAAGAAGUUUGAUGUCAUUAAUGGAAAGGUUUCAAAAAUCCGGCGUUUUCGUGUGAAACCAUUAUGGCAAAGUCGCAAAUUUGGCUAUUCAUACAAAAUUUGUAAUUACCUGCUUUGUAGAAAGAUCAGAUUGAAGAAAAUGAAGAAGAAGGAGGCUCCUUCUCCGUUCUCUUACCCUGAAAGUUAUAGCCCGACUAUACCAGUAAAAAGGCCGGAAAUUGAUUAUGAUAGCAACCCUAUAGGAUCACCUUACCAGUCACAGGAGUCCCCGGGACAGGUGUUGGAGUCAUUCCCCGAGGACCUGGAGCAGAGCCUCAGCCAAAAUCUGUCGCCUGCCUCCAUCUUCUCUUCACAUUCAUAUCCGUCAUGUUUUGCGCCCACUGAGCCAAUGCAGGACACCCCCUCCAUGCCCUGCUUUGCCAGCCCAGAAGCACACAGCACCAGGAGUAUCAUCUCAUCUGCCCAAGCUUCCUCACCAGGAUCUGCAGCCCUGCUGGGCCAAGACGAACCCAGUCCAGCACAUGACCCUGAGAUGGUGGCUUACCCAAGUUUACUGGAAAAUAACAGCUUUGGCCUUACUGCCUCAUCUCUCUGCAUGCCGCCUGGCAUGGCUCCAGGUUCAUCAGUUAGAACUGACCCGGGUAUGCUAAGACAAAGCUUCGCUGAUGACCCUUCAACUUGGUCCGUGGAGGAAGUGAUCCUGUUUCUGAAAUAUAUGGAUCCUCAGAUAUCAGACCACCUCGCCGACCUCUUCAGGCAGCAUGACAUUGAUGGGAAAGCUCUGCUACUUCUCCGGAGUGACAUGAUGAUAAAGUACAUGGGGCUGAAGCUGGGGACAACUGUGAAGUUGUGCCACUACAUCGAAAGGCUUAAAGAGAAGAUUGCUUUAACAAUUGACAAAUCGUUUGUGCCGGUUUAGGUUGGACUUAAUUCUCGGGAGAGCAAUGCCAUCUUAGUGUAAAAUCAUUUUUCUACCCUUAGAAGUUUGUGUUGUUUAGAAGGUUCCUCUAAAAAUAGGUUAUAUCUAGAAUGGCAGAGCUGCAUUACAGUCCGGUCUACUUCUGUAGAAACCAUUUAACGUGUUAGUAUUAGCAUAUUGAAAUUGUCAGUUUGUUCUUUAUAACUUUCUCUUAUUUUCAUUGUAUUGUGUACAAAUAUAUUUAAUUCAGGAAACAGAAACAGCUUUGAUUUCCGUUAAAACAGCUAAAUCCCAAUGAGAAAAUAUCAGGGAUUGACAAGUUCUCUAAUGAAAUCCAUGAAAAGUUUUCCUUAGAAGAGAAUUUAAAGAUGCAACUAUAGAUAUCAUCUCUUUCUCAAAUAUUUUAUGUCUGUUACUGCAAUGUUCAUGUUUUACCAGUUUCCCAAAAGGGAAUAGCCAUAUGAAUUCUUUUCCUGUCUGUCAUUAUUUCUCUGUGUGUUGUGCUUGUUCCCUUUUAGAGAAAAACAACCUUGUAAACUUUCAUGAAGUGUUCUUACCAGUUUUUUGAUCAUUAGAAGAUAGAUAGCAUGGUCAUUUUAUGCAGGAGAUAUUGUAUUUCAGUGUGGUUUUGAUGGAGUCUGACUAUGCUCUUUUCAACGAAAUAACUUUUUUAAAGUUUAAAACUUCCAUAGUAUUAAAACGUCCAUAUUUUGCUGAAGCUGGGACAUUUAACUAGGCAUUCAUUGCUCACAUCUCUCUUCGAAGAUGCCUGUGUCCAAAUUUUUAAAAGAUAUAUAUUUUAUUGUCUGUGUUUAUUCCUCAUUUGGAUCCUGUUUCAUAUUUGCAUUUUAUUCUAUGUCUGAAGUAUACACACAAGUAAAUCUGUUCUUUUUGAGUUUAAAAUGGCACUUUGCACUUCCACAGAGGUAAAGAUUAACUCUGUGUAUAGUGAGAUGUUUUUAUUCUGUAAAAAACAUGCACAUCAUUUGCCAUCACUGGUACCUCUCAGGUCACUCUUCAGGGUUUCCAUACAGGGAAGUUCUCUGUCUUGUGCAAUUGUUCUAGUUAAUUUGCUUUCUGAGCCAUUUAUCCUACUAAACUUUGGAAGCUAUGUUAGUUCUGAUUUGUCAUUUUGGACUUUAUUUUAAAAAUUAGAACUUACAAGUGAAACAUGUUCACUGUUGUUUAUUACAUCAUUAUACUGUAUCGCAUUUGGUGUAAUGUUUGUAAGCUAUGAGAAUUGGUGCUAACUGUAUUAGCCAUUUGUUAUAAAUGCUGAUAAAGUAUUCGCUGGGGGCAAGAAUGUACUCUUUUUUUUUUUGGAGAACCAAGUGUACUUUAUAAACAAAUGCAACUAUUUACUGGGCAUAUAUGAUUUAAAGAGUAGUUUCAUUUAUGUUAUUCCUUUUGUGUUGUAUGGCAAGAUUCUAAUUGAAACUUUGUCUUCUCUCAGAUUGUUUGUGUGAAGAUGCUCUGCCCAGUUGAACAAUCCUCAGGUGUUUGUGUGACUACUACAGUUUUAUAGUUCUCAGAUUUUAAAAUAUAAUAAAGUUGAAUGCAAC